GGCUCCAGACCUAGGGCUGAGGGGAGCCAGCCCCAUUCCUGCUGUGCUGGGGCCAGGGCUGGGGGUAUUGUCACUGUCCCACACUGACCAUUGCAGGGGGGUGCUUGAAGUCCUGGGACCCCUCUCCAGCCUGGUAGCCAGUGUUGCUGUGACACUGACAGAUUGGCAGGGGUCCAGCCAAGGCCAUCGAGCUGGGCAGUUGUGGGUUGUGUUGGAACAUUGGUGGCAACAGUCUUACUAGUGCCAGCAGGGUCUACACCCCUCAUCCACUACCACCAAACUCAGCAGCAAUUUCCUUACCAUGGUGAUGCUUCCAGGGUUGAGGUGGGCUUAAAAGGGCCAGCACUCUGUAAAAGGCUUUCCUGCCCUUUCACAAGUCUGAUAGACCUUAGUGUUUUAUUUAUUUCUCAAGUUGUGCCCACCCUCCUGCUCCCAGUGUCUCGGCUGCUGGAAAACUGGCAGGGUGGGUGCGCUGACUCUCUCCUAAACCCCAGGAGUGUAGGAAACAGGAUCAUCUGUGGCCAUGCAAAGCAUGGGCAUCCCUUUGAAGAGGUGCCUGUGGAGUGUGUUUUUCCCCAGAGGUGGGUUCCAGAGAUCCCCCCAUGCUCUGGGGUGCCAGUGCUCUCAGGGGGCUGCUCCUGCCUGGCUCAGGGACUGGGCAGUGUGGGAAGUCCCUUGGGAGAGGGGGCGUCCUGGCUGCUCUGACCCGCUGAGCAGGGUCUAUCCCCCUGUGUCCUGUGACAGCAGUGACCACGGAUCACCAAAAGCUCAGGGUGCAGAUCUUUAUUGUCCACUUGUGUGGCCAGCCCACAGCCUGGGCUGGGUGUGGAGUUCUCACUCCCCAGCAUCCAAAUCAUCCACCGUGGCCUCAGGCUCUGGGUGGGAGAGUAUGAGAAGGAAUGUGUUUUGGUCUCCUAGCAGCUCCACCAAGGAUAUAGAUGAGUUUUUUUCCCUGCCAUGUCCUGGCCAUGGGGAAGCUGGUGAUGGUCAGCUGGGAGUGCACUGUGCCCACUGAGGUCAGCCCUUCUAGCCAUAACCACAGGGAAUUAGAGAUGGGUGGAAAACUGUCUAAACCCCAUACAAAUAUUUGCAUUUUAAGGGCUUUUCCAAGUAUUGGGGAAUGCUGACACAUCAGCAGUGUGGGCGAAGCUGGCAUGCUGAGAGGGUCUGCUUGGCUUUAUUUUUGAGGGGGAACAGGAUUUCCACAGUCAAAAAGUUUUGUUUAAAAUAAAAUUAAAAAAAAAGCUAAAUGAGCAAAUGGGGAGAAUUUUCAGCACUGCUGCAGAUUUCUCUGCCAGCUCCUUGGGGCAAAACAGCCACCCUGAUGCUGAGUGGACCACAAACCUUCAAACCACCUCUUGUUCUGGGCUGGUGGGUUUAUGGCUCCCAUCUCUGUGAUCCUUCCUCCUUCCCUGCUGAAAGGGUUUUUGGCAGGAAAGGGAGUUCCUGUGGCUGCUCUGCCCUGGAGCAUCCUGAAGGUGUGGGGCUGAGGUAGAACUGGUGGCAGCUUGGCCCAUCUAUUACCCCCAUGGCCAUGGCAGGGGAUGCUCACCUGCCAGCUUUUGGCAUGGUAGCAGCCUAUGUGGAGAAGGCUGACUGGGGGACAAGGGUGGCUGUGGACCCUGAUGGCUUCAGGACCGUACAUCCCAGGCACAGACAGGGGCUGGGAUAAUGGAGAAGUUGGGGGGACUCUGGUCUAUCCCAUCCCACUGCAUUCCCCCUCUUCACACCCAUUUCCGCCAGCUCCUGGGGCAGGUUGAAGCAAGCAAAUCACAGGCAUGUCCUGUCCUGCUGGCACAGGGAGGGCUCAGCACCUUGGGCUGCAGGGGCCAGAGCCCUCUGUGUCCCCAGGGGACAGCUCUGGGGUGGUGACACUCAGACCCCAGCACAACAGGGUGUGGGUGUGUCCUGGCCCCAUGUGGGGUGCUCUUGGGCACGGUGAUGGGGCUGGGGCUUGAUGCAGGUAGGUCAGUGCUGUGGGUGUCACUGGUGCAUCCAACCCCAGUGGGGAGCAGAGGGGAGCGUGCAGCAAUGGUGCCCUCCUUGCACACUUGUGCAUGUGUGCUGGCACUCACUCAUGCAGGGCAUCAAUGUGUGGGGCUGCCCUCUGCCCUGGGCUUGGGGCCCAGCCAUGUUCUGCAUCCCCCCCAUGGGCUGGCAGGUUGCUCCAUCCCCCACAUCUGUACCUUGCAUCUCGGGACAUGCUGUGCUUGGGGAACACAGGGGAUCAGGGCUCAGUCAGGCUCAGGUGCUACCUGAGUGGCAAGAAGGAUCAGCAUGGUGCUGCAGCAGUGACUCAGGGACAGCCAAACCCAGGUGUGCUGAGCAAGAGGAUCAGCAUGUGCCCCUGUGCUGGCCCUGGGACUAUACCAGGCAGGGGAAGAGGCUCCUGCAUGCGUCUGGGCAGUGAAGCACGUGUGGCUGUGUGCUGGGGCUGGACCCUGCUUCCCUGGGGCCAGGGAUACGUGCAGAUCAUCCCAGUGCUGAUGGACCACAGAGGGAUGAGCACUAGGUGGAUGAGCAAGACAGCAGAACUGCCAUGACAUAGCCUGCAGUGACCGUCACAUAGAGGCCAGCAUGGCAGAUGUCACAGGAGCUGAUGUGUUCAGCCACAGGCAAUGCUGGUGAUUCAGAGGUGCCAGGUGGGGACCCCCAUUGGUCCCAUGCACCCUGUGGGGCCAGGAGCAGCCAUGGUGAGGGGUCUGCUUGUGCAAGGUGUGUGUGUGUGUGAGUGCAGAGGGCUGGGUGUGCAGCACGCAGUGUGCCAGGCUAGGUUACAGCAUAUAGGGCAGGAAAGGGUGUGUACAGUGUGUAGGGACAGGGAUAUGGGGCUUGGUUAAUGGGGCUGAGAGGAGGGGAGCGCCAGGUGUCCAUAGGAUCUCAGAUAUGCAGAGUCCUCACAGGACCCCCUCCUCCCCCAUCCCAUUCCUGUGACAACAGCAGCGUCCCGCUCCUCCAGCAAGGUGCAGAGCACCCAUCUGGGGUCCUGGUGCCAGUCUGGCUGCAGCUGAAGCCCCCUGCCAGAGGGGCCAAGGGUAGUCCAAGGAAACCAGUAUAAAUCCGAACUAAUUUUCCUUGAAGGGCUGGGAGAACACCCGGAGCCGUGGACACCCUGGGACCCACCAGGAUUCUGGGGUACACUGCUCCCCCUGGCUAAGCCCGCAGCUCCCCACUCAGAUUGUUCCCUCCCCAGGCCGGGGUGCUGCUGCUGUCCCGAGGCCAGGGCUCUGAGCUGGGCCAGCCCUGCCCUCUAGUGCCGUGGGAGCUGCUCGGUGCAGGGCUCAGCCCCUGGAGCUGAGCCGCCCAGAGUCCUCCCGGGGCCCUUCGGGCAGAGCGGGGGCUGCCAGGCUUCCCCCCUGCCACCCCGGCACUGCUGCCGAGGGGACACCAGGACACGUCCCGGCCCCUCCGUGGCACCAGCAGCCCGGCAGUGUCACCCCGGCACGGCUGCCCUGCGCCCCAGGCCUCGGGACACGCAGGGCUGCCGCUACGGGUGACAGUCGCCUUCCCGGCACCCCGGGUCGAUAACCGGGUGGCCAAAGCACUCGCUGGGCCGGGACGGCACGGGGCCACGCCAAUGGGUGCCCGCAGCUGCGGGAGAGGGAGGGAAGCUCUGGAGGCUCUGGUUAAACUGGAACGAGGCGCGGCAUCGUCCCGCGGUCCCUGCCCUGGGGACUCUGACCCCGUGGGCCGGCCAGGGGAGCUGAGGCGGGCGGUGACGAGCAGCCCCACAGCCUCUGGGACCGAGCGAGCGAGGAGCCGAACAGGAUGGAUCCCACUUUGGAGCUGGCAGAUGAUCCCAGGUUCUCCCUCCCUUUGGUGGAGAUGCUGAUCAAGAACUUCAGCGUGCCGGCAGCCUGUUUCUCCCUGCCGCCCACCUCCCGGCAGCUGCUGCACCAGCUGGACAUAGCCCAACUCAUCAUCCUGGGCCUCUGCACCAUCAUGACACUGCUGUCAGUUGUGAUCUAUGUGGAAGAGGUUUCGUACCUCUUCCGCAAGAUCCGCUGCCCUAUCAAGAUGAAGACCCUCUGCUGGAGCAGCUCAGCCCCUACGGUUGUGUCAGUGGUCAGCUGCUUCGGCCUGUGGUUCCCACGCUCCAUGAUGGUGGUGGAGAUGGCUACCACAGCGUACUUUGCUGUCUGCUUCUACCUGCUAAUGUUGGUCAUGGUGGAGGGCUUUGGGGGCAAGGAAGCGGUGCUCAGCACCCUGAAGGAUGUGUCCAUGGUGGUCAGCACUGGGCCGUGCUGCUGCUGUUGCCCCUGCCUGCCCCGAAUCACCAUGAGCAGGAAAAAGCUUAAACUGAUGAUCCUGGGGACUUUCCAGUAUGCCUUCUUCAGGGCAGUCGCUGUCUUCCUGGGGUUGAUCCUGGCUGCCGAUGGGAAUUACAACCCUGCUGACAUUUCAGCGGAAAGUGUGGCCCUCUGGAUCAACACCUUGGUUGGUGUCUCCACCCUCUUUGGGCUGUGGGCCCUGGGCAUCCUCUUCCGGCAGGCCCGGCUGCACCUGGCUGAGCAGAACAUGCAGGCCAAGUUCACCUGUUUCCAGAUCCUGCUCCUCCUGACGGCGCUCCAGCCUGCCAUCUUCAGCAUCCUGGCCAACAGUGGCAGCAUCGCUUGCUCACCGCCCUUCUCCUCCAAGGCCAGGUCACAGCACCUUCAUCCUGGCGGUGCUGACGCGGAUGUACUACCGCAAGCAGGAUGACAAGCCUGGCUACCAUCCCGUCGGCUUCGCACCCGCCGGCACCAACGUCAAGGCGUGAACAGCAAGGAGAGACUGGGGGGGCCAAGGGGCACAGUGGGGUGAGGGGCUGGUCUACCCUGCACACCCUUCUCCUCCCCUGACCCUGGGGAGCUGCUGGCAGCAGAAGAGGCAGAAGGGGAAAGAGCAUCUUGGGACAGAAUGAAAAAAUCCAUAAGCCAAGGUGGUCCAUGGAGCCACCUCCAGCCUGGAGAUUUUUGUCUAGCACUGAGUAAAGAUAAAUUUUUACUGGA